GUCACGUUCGACAUGGGAACCUGGCCCGAAGGUCACAGCGGCCCGAUCCUCAACCACAUGGCGUCCUGUGGUGGAGCCACCUGCACCGGAGUCGACGCUACCACCCUCGACUGGUUUGCCAUCCACCACUCUGGCUAUGACGCCACUGCCAAGAUCUGGCCUACCGACGUCCUCGCCACGACCGGAGCCAAGCAUACGAUCACCCUCCCCACCGACCUGCCUGGUGGAGCCUACCUCUUACGGUUCGAACUGAUCGCCAUGCACUCGGUCCCCGCGCAAUUUUACCCCUGGGCGGCCGAGAUCGAACUGACCUCGAGCGGGACCUCGCUACCUUCCAGCGAGUACAUGGGCAAGUUCCCGGAGAUGUACUCUGCUGCUGCCAACAACAUGGCCUUGGACUUUAGCCUUUACACCGGCAACGACUUGAUGUCAUUCGUCCUCCCCGGAGUCCCCGUUUACCCUGGAGGAAGUAGCAAGGGAAAUGAUCCUCGUCCGGACGGGUCUGCUGGUCCGGCUCCUGGACCUGCUCCUGGGAACGCGACUGCACCAGCUCCUAGUACCGGCUCAGAGGCU